ACUUACCUGAGUUUAAUAAGCUGUCUUUCUUCCAGUGUCUUUCUCCUAGCUUGCCAAUUCGCCUCAUUCUUCUAUCACGAGUCUGCCGAGGUGCAAAAACAGAGUACCUCCAAAACAAAUUCUUGAAAGCGUAUAAACUUACCUAGGUCGCUACAGAUUCACGAUGGCAAAGGAGUAUAAAGUCCCGUUCGUGCUGGAGAAACCUGAGCUCCUCAAAUUUGACGCCUUCGUUAAUAAUGAAUGGGUUCAAUCAAAGACUGGCGCUAGAUUCGAAGUCAUAGACCCUGGAACAGAUACUGCAUGGGCCAGCUGCCCCAUAUUCACAGCGGAAGAUGUCCCUCAAGUUGUCGAAACAGCACAAGCAGCAUUUCAGAAAUUCGCGAGAACCUCUCCGCGACAGCGAGCGGAGUGGCUCACAAAAUGGGACGGUCUUAUCAAAGAACACAAGAUGGAUAUUGCAAAAAUAUUAACUCACGAAGCGGGUAAGCCAAUCGGAGAAGCUGCAAGGGAAGUAGACUUUUCCACGGCGUCUCUAUUGUGGUUCGCAGGAGAGGCAGAACGUAUCGAAGGUACGGUUGCGACUACUUCAUUCCCUCCUGGUCGAAGAGCAUUCACCAUCAAGCAACCCAUUGGUGUCACGGUUGGCUUAAUACCAUGGAAUUUUCCAAUUGGAAUGUUUUUACGCAAGAUUAGCCCUGCGCUCGCUGCUGGAUGUCCGAUGAUCGUAAAGCCCAGCCCAGAAACACCUCUCAGUACAUUGGCUCUAGCCUACUUAGCUGCAAAGGCUGGCUUCCCACCCGGUGUCAUUACUGUGUUAACAACGGACCUCGACAAUACCCCGAGUUUAAGUGAGGCACUUUGCAGGCAUCCACUCGUCAGGAAGGUUACUUUCACUGGGUCAACGCGUGUGGGCAAAAUAAUUGCUGCUCACUGUGCUCAAGGUGUCAAGAAAGUCACACUCGAGCUCGGUGGGAACUCUCCAUAUAUCGUAUUUGAUGACGCGAACCUCAGUCAAGCUGCCACAUCUUUGAUGAUGGUGAAAUGGAUAAAUGCAGGCCAAGCCUGUAUCUCUGCAAAUCGAAUUUACGUGCAAUCCGGAGUAUAUGAAAAGUUCGCAGAGAUCAUAAAGGAACAGACUGGCAAGAUUGUUGUUGGACACGGCUCUGUUCCUAAUACUACCAUGGGUCCAUUAACCAGCCCUCGUGGACUGGUUAAAGUCAUCAAUCAGAUCGAUGAUGCCACAAAACUUGGUGCCAAAGUCAUUCUAGGCGGUCAUCGUGUGCUAGGCAAUCCAGGAUACUUUAUAGAACCAACAAUUCUCAAGGAUAUGACAACUGAAAUGUUGAUCUCUCGAGAAGAGAGCUUUGCACCCGUGCUCGCGUUGUACAAAUUCGAGACGGAAGAAGAGGUCACCGAGUUAGCCAACGAUACCAGUAUGGGAUUGGCAAGCUAUGUAUUCACCAAGAAUGUCGACCGCAUUUGGCGCAUGUUCGAGAACUUGGAGGCCGGAAUGGUGGGACUCAAUUCUGUGUGACGAUCUAGCUCAAACUUCUACAUUGGAGACGCCAUUUGGAGGCACCAAGGAAUCCGGCUAUGGCAAAGAGCAAGGGAAGCAUGCCAUGGAGGAGUAUUUGAUCACUAAGACUGGUGUACUAGCACUUGAAGGCCAUGUUUAGGUAGACAGGAGAUGACAGGAUGAGAUUGGCUUAUACAUUUACUUACUGAACCAACUGUUAUGUGCAGCGUACGCUCCAUGGUGAUUGUUUAUUUAGGCAAGGUCGAAUAAAAUUUGAUAACUAGUCCU